UUCAUGCACAGCAGCCUCGUUAGGGAUUUGAGUUCGCCGCUGAUUGUGACCUGGGUCUGUAUCGGCCACUUUGGGGAUGAUUUUGUUGGAUGUUUUCAAUGUUGCGGUUGAUGACAUACUGAACAGCAGGUUCGAAAGCGCAAAACAAGAGUAACAUCAUAUCAUUUACUGAACUAAUCCCCACCUUUUUCUCAGUCCGGAACAACGAGUUAAGCUCAACUACACUGUCGCUGAUUUCGAUGGCGUCGCUUAUCAUAUAUCCGAUGGAAAUGAGAAGAAGCAAUUGUUAGUGAGCAUUUUCAUCAAGUUUUUCAAUGAGCUCAAAGAACAUGGCACUAUGGAGUACUUACGCAAGGAAUAUGGUGAUCUGCUCCUUCAAACACCCGAAACCGGCCAAAGCGUUACCCUGGCCAUCGAUUUGGAUAAAUUGCCCGAAAAUCACGCUGCACUGGCCCGGAAGUGUGCGUUGCUGAAGCGCAACUGCAUGGCUUCCUUAUUUACAAAAUUUUUCGAUCUCCAUGCAAACGCAGGCCCCACAACCCCUGGUAUUCGUGCUGUUAUUCAUUACCGCUCGGACGAAACACUGUAUGUGCAGGCGUUACACGAUCGCGUCACUGUCAUCUUCAGCACCAUGUUUAAGGAUCCUGAUGACAUGCUCAUCGGCAAGGUCUUCAUGCAAGUGUUGUUCGUUGUUAUCUCCUACUUCUGUCUUAUCCCAGCUUUGUUUCCCAUACCUUUGUUUUUCUUGCGUUCGGGCAGGUAUGUGCAGGCGUUACACGAUCGCGUCACUGUCAUCUUCAGCACCAUGUUUAAGGAUCCUGAUGACAUGCUCAUCGGCAAGGUCUUCAUGCAAGAGUUUACCGAGGCCCGAAGACGACUGGAUCGCGCACCACAAGUGCUCUACUCACACCGCGUUCCACCGGCCGAACUACAAGGAACUAAUGCUGUUGUGAGCGAUUCGGUCGCCUAUAUAACCUUUGUCUUGUUUCCCAGACAUAUCAGUUCGGAGGCUAGUCGCCAAAAAUCAAUUGACUUGAUUCAUACACUGAGAAAUUACCUGCACUACCACAUCAAAUGCUCCAAAGCCUACAUCCAGAUGCGCAUGCGUGCGAAGACCUCAGAAUUCCUCAAAGUAAUCAAUCGUGCUAGUGUAGAAACGUCGGGUGCACCAGUGGUCAAUGUGGCUCCAACUGGAGAAGUAUCACCGCUUUUUGCGGCUUCCCUGGCCUCAAAGUCUGCUGCCGCGGAAGCUACUUCCGGUAGUCGAUCCAUGACUGUUGGAUAAACCGUUAGCGUCGGAGUAAAUUCCCCCUGUCUCUCUCUCUCUCACUCAUUCCGCCCAUUCACUUACCUCCUUUAAUUGCUCUCUACGCCCAGCCCUCCAUGAAUAACUGACUUGUUACUUUAUUGGCUGUGCUUCGAUUGUACGCUUUUCAGCUUUGAUAAACGUUUGCUCGGUUGCACUGUUUUGUGAUUUUGCUCGUGAUUCAACUCACAUUCCGACAUUUGAUAUUAUUUUCUGUACGUCUGAUGGUCCGCUUUUCCGAAUCGGUUUGUAUUUUCAUAAUUUACUGACCUUUAUAAUUGGAGCUUUUUUCUAAUAGAAAUGCUUUACUUGUUUGCCCAU